AUGGCGGGCAACACCCCCCCUCAAAAUAGUGGGAGAGAAGACCCCAAAGGAGAGAAAGCCGAUCAUGAUGAUGAUGAUCUUUCGCCCCGAGCAGCAGCAUCCGUCUUCUCCACCGCCAACAACAACAGCAAUAACAACAACAACACACUCGCAACAGCAAGUCCUCCUCCUCCUCCUCCUCCCAGCCGCAGCCAACACGGGGCCCUAAGCAUCCUCAGCGAACGGCCGCAUAGCGCCGCCGCCGCCGCCGCCGCCGUGCAAUCAGACCGCACCCCCUCAAGCCCAAGCGACGAAAGCAAGGGCACCCAAACCGAGAAGACGGUUCCCUCCUGGCUGAAAGCCGCAUACCGCAAGUUCCCGCGCAAGAGCAGCCAGAAGAGCCAGCACGAUUACGAGCACGACCACGACGACCAGAACGAGAGCAGUAUCCAGGUCAACAACCCGUCGGUCUUGCUUCCUCCCCGGGGCCCCAGCCCCAGCUCUAGCGCAAGUUCCGCACCGCCAGCUAGAGACGGGGCCGGGAGCGGGAGCGGGAGCGGGGACGGGAAUUCCCGCAGCGGGAGCAUGAGGAUCGACGCUCUGCUUGGGUUCCGUCUGCGGCCUGCUGCUGGCGCGGGGCGUCCUGGCGAUGAGUUCGCGCCUCAGGAGCCGCUGCUUGUGGGGAUGGCUAUGGCUGGCGGGGAUGCUGGGGCGGGGGCGGAUUGCGGUGGGGUAGGGAGGAGGGAGGAUGCGGAGUGGACGGAGCGAUCCCCGGUCGGGGGGUCGCUUGCUGAGGCGACGUCGCUGGCUGGGGUUGGGGAGAGGGGGGUGGAGUUGGGGGAGGGUGGGAGGAGGGAGGGGCAUGAGGAGGGGGUGCUGGAGGAGAUGGAGGAGGUGAGGGUGAUGUUGAGGGGGGGUGCUGGGACGGAGGAGGGAGAGAGUGAGGGUGAGGGUGAGGGCGAUGGAGAGGAUAAGACAGGCGGGCCGGCGGGAGAUGGAAAAGUGAAGCCGCGAAAGAGUGUGAAACGUGAGAUCCCAAAAGAAGUCAUUGCAAUCCGCCAAAUGUUGCAAGCCAAUCCAGGCAUGGCGACCCACCCUUUUGCCAUUCAAGGCGAAGCCGCCAUCGAGGCCCUACUCGACGACACGUUCAGCCCCACGCACGAGCUCAACCUCCGCAAUGUGAAGCUGAUGGCACUUGUUCAGUCGCAGAGAUCGGCACUGGACUUCCAAACAGUAAUGGAAAAGCAGCUGCGUAGCGAGAUGCGCGAAGUCUACGCCGCGAACGCAGAGCUCAGAGGGAAGCUUGCCGCAGCCGAGGAACAGCGAGGUGGUGAUGGAGAUAGAGACGACGCGGAGAAGUGCCAGAAGAAGUGUCGGGAGCUGGAGAAGAGGAUCGAGGAGAUGCAGGCGGAGAUCAAUGAGUACGAGGACGGCAAUUUCAUGACAGAAGACGAUUGCGCGCAGAUGAGUGCUGACAGAGACAGGAGACACCAGGAGGACACCGAGGACCUGAAGGCCGACAUCGAGAAAGGGAAGCGUGAGCACAGUAGCCUGCAGAAUAAAUUCAAAGAGCUAGAGAAGGUGCAUGAGCAGACGAAACAGGAGCUGCUCGUUGAGAAAGGAUCGAACUCGAAGGUGUUUAGGGAGAUCAAGGUGAACGAACUCAAACAGGCUAAUGACAAGAUUGAAGAACUGGAGGAGGAAAAUAAACGCGCCAUCAAAGCCCAAGAAGAGCGAUUCGCCCGCCGCGAGGAGAGCCUCGCGCGCCACACGCAAUGCGUCGCAGACGCAGACGCCCAAGUCAGGAAACUGAACGAGCAGCACGAUGCUGAACUCGUGGCCCUGAGGCAGAAGCAUUUGGCGACCGAGGAGCGGAUCGCGGCUCUGGAGAGCCAGCUCAAGGUGGCGAACGAUGUCAAGGAUAUACUCGCGAGACAGAUGGGGUCGAGAACCGAGGCCGCAACUGCCGCACAGACGGCGCUCGAGAAGCGCAUCAAGGACCUUGAGUUGACGCUGGGCAAUGCCGGGCCGGCGAAGGUCGCGGAGCUGAAGAGGCAGAUUGCCGAUCUGAACGACCAAGCUUCGGACAUCGCUGCCCUGAAAGCUGAGGUUGCUAGGCUGCAAAGGGCGUUGGAAGAGUGCGAAGGGGAGAAGAAGAACAAGCCUGAUACGGACAAGUCGCUCCAAGAGCAGAUCAAGGAGGUGAGGCGGCGGGCUAGGGAGAGCAUCGACAAAUUGUACGGACAAGGCGAAGAGCUGUCAAAGAGGGGUGUUGCCACGGACGAACAGCUGGUGGUGUACUUGGAGCAGCAGAACAAGACGUUGCGGAACCAGAACGAGGCUUUAGAGGAGAAGGCUAAGACUGCUGGAGCUGGGAGAACUGAGGAGCCGGUGCUUGAUCCCACGAGGGUUGGAUAUAGCCCUGAGGCGUUUGAGAAGUACAAGUCACUCGCCGAAAAUGUUGAGCGCAUGAAUGCAGAGAUUAGAACUUGUCGCGCGGAACACCGGCCUAAAGCCGAGGAAAUUAACAGAGCUGCUCUAGAGGCAUCUAAAAACAUGAACGCGGCGUGGGAAAGGAAAAUGGAACUUCUCAGGGCAGCGGCCAAGGUAAAGAAGGACGCAGAAAAAGCAAAGAGUGCCGAGAAGCGAAGGAAGAGAAGGCAGUGGGCGGAACGCGUGCUCGAUAAAGCCGAGGUGUAUAAACAGAGGGCCAAGGAUGCGGCAACUGCCCGAGCAGCCAUUGCAGCACAAGGAGGCUUGGCUGAAAUCAAGAAGCAAGCCGGGUAUCUCGAAGAAGAAACUAAACUGCUAGAGGCGAAGGCAAAGGUGCGAGAGGCACAAGAAAAGCAGGCAGCGCUCGAGGCAGACAUCAAAAAGCUUGACGAAGCGAGAGAAGAAGAUGCAAAGAUGCUUAAUCCGUACAAAAAGUGGCUCGCGGACAGUAAGUCGCGAAAUACCUCCCUGAUAGCGAUGGAAAAGCUGACCAAGGACAUAGAAGAACUAUUAGACCAAUCUCUGCCAAUCACGCAUCCAGAGAGGGUUCAGGCUCGAGUAGAUUCCAGGUACGCGUAUGGUUGGCAACAAGUCAACGGCGCGAUCUAUGCAAUUAACGACGCCUUGGUCAAGAUGCAGGCCAAACGAGCCCUGUACGGCAAGCAAGAGGGCGACUGCGCAGCAGCAACAGAGUCUGGUAAUCUGGCCGUAAGACUUGCUACCGAUUUCAGCAAGAAGUUUGAAGAUCGCAAAGAUCCUCAAUUGAUUGCUCGAAGCGCCCUCUGGGCGGCUAUUGCCCAAUAUUACUCUGGCGAUGGUGAGACGGCUCAGAAAUUGCUCGAGACGGUCGUUCCUAAGCAUGGCUUGUUAAGAAGAUGGACAGCAGCGAGGUUGAGAAAAGAGCGGAAGGAUACUAUAAGGGAUCUUUGA